AUGGAGGGCAGUGUGGACGAGGAGACACUGCACCAGCUGUACCUGUGGGUGGACAACAUCCCUCUGUCCCGGCCCAAGCGAAACCUUUCCCGGGACUUCAGUGACGGAGUCCUAGUUGCAGAGGUCAUCAAGUUUUACUUUCCCAAGAUGGUGGAGAUGCACAAUUAUGUCCCGGCCAACUCUCUCCAGCAAAAGCUUAGCAACUGGAAUCACCUGAAUAGGAAGGUGCUGAAUAAGCUGAACUUCUCGGUACCGGAGGACGUGACGCGCAAGAUCGCUCAAUGCGCCCCGGGUGUUGUGGAGCUGGUCCUCAUCCCAUUGCGGCAGCGCUUGGAGGAACGGCAGAGGCGCAGGAAGCAGGGUUUGGCCUCCUCACAGGAACUGGCUCCCCAGGAUGGCAGUGGCUACAUGGAUGUGGGUUUGCCCCAUAAGGCCGGGGGAGAAGGUGCCCCAGAACCACAGGGAGGAGGACCGCUCAAGGCGGGGCGGCUGCCCGCGCCCGGCCCUCCGGGGUAUAGCCAGGCGCUUCAGGGCGACCCAAGCUUCAUCCUUCAGAUCGCCGAAAAGGAGCAGGAGCUGCUGGCCUCACAGGAGACAGUGCAGGUCCUGCAGAUGAAGGUGAGGCGCCUGGAGCACCUGCUGCAGCUGAAGAACGUGCGCAUCGACGACCUCUCCCGGCGGCUCCAGCAGGCGCAGCGGAAGCAGCGGUGA